ACACAGCAGCCGCGCCUGUCUUCUCCUCAUCCUCCCUCCUCCUCCUCCCUGCGCUCCAUCCAUUGUUUCCUCUCUCUCAUCCCCUGUCUCCUCGCCACACUGGCCAGCCCCUACUGCCCAUGACGUGCAGCGCUGCCAGCGGACUGACGUCACGGGACGUGGACCGCCAGCGGCCUCCGGACCACGUUCGGCUUCCCUGACCCCCAUCUGUACCGAUGUUGCCAGUGACAAGAGGCUGGAGGAAGCAGCAACAGCAACGGAGGGGAGGUCACCAAUAACCGCAGAACCGAGCAACAGGUAACCGUACUUAUGAGAACUAUGCUGGAAACUAUUGAUGCCCAUCGUGCCUUGCAAGCAGUUGAACGUCUGCAUACGAAAGUUCGGGAACGUGGGGAUAUAGCAAAUGAAGAAAAGCUAUGUUUAUUAAAAUCUGUCCUCCAAAGCCCUCUCUUCAAUCAGAUCCUGAAUUUACAGUCUUCAUUCCAGCAUAUUAGAGAGCAGGCUAAUGUAAUAGCUUCUGGGUCAUUGGUAACAGAGUUUGCCCAGAUUUCCUCAUAUGCAUCAAGUUCCCUUUCAUCGGUGCAGAAUGAGUCUUGCUCAUUGGCCCAACAGAAUGGCAGUCAGUUUAGCUCUGAAGAAACUGUUGUACCUCCCGUCUCACCACAGAUCAAUGGAAAAGCUGGCAGUGAUGAAUUUGAUCAGAUCAUUAAGCAAAUGGCACAGGGUCGCCAUAUUGAAGUACUGGACAUGGUUAAACCUUCAAGCGGAGGUCUUGGUUUUAGUGUUGUGGGCUUGAAAAGUGAAAAUCGAGGGGAACUUGGAAUAUUUGUUCAGGAAAUACAGGAGGGCAGCAUUGUACAUAGGGAUGGAAGAUUGAAGGAAGUGGAUCAGAUUCUUUCCAUCAAUGGUCAACCACUUGAUCAGACAAUUACACAUCACCACGCCAUCAGCCUCUUACAGAGGGCCAAAGAACAUGUGCAUCUUGUGGUUGCUAGAGGACCAUUGCCUCAGCUGAUUAGCCCUAUGGUAUCUCGCUCAGCAUCCGAUGCCAGCACAGUAUCUGCACUUUCUAGUCCAAUACACUGGCAGCAUGUGGAGACCAUUGAACUGGUUAAUGAUGGCUCUGGUCUUGGUUUUGGAAUUGUUGGAGGUAAAUCAACUGGAGUUAUUGUCAAAACUAUUCUUCCUGGAGGAGUGGCAGAUCAGAAUAGUAGACUCCAUAGUGGAGAUCACAUAUUAAAAAUCGGUGAAACUGACCUUGCUGGAAUGAGCAGUGAGCAGGUUGCUCAGGUUUUGCGGCAGUGUGGAAACAGAGUGAAGCUGGUUAUUGCCAGAGGUCCAGUUCUAGACUCUACUACAACAGUCACUGCCAGUGUUCAGACUCCUCCAUCAGUACCACCUGUACCCGACUUGCAGGUGAAUGGUGGAAUGACUAGAGAUACAGAUGGUGAAAGUUUUGAUGUUAAGCUGUCUAAAAAUGCUCAGGGUUUGGGAAUAACUAUUGCUGGUUAUGUUGGCGACAAAAGUUCAGAGCCCUCGGGUAUUUUUGUGAAAAGUAUUACAAAAGGCAGUGCUGUGGAGCAGGAUGGAAGGAUUCAUGUCGGAGACCAGAUUAUUGCUGUUGAUGGGACUAAUCUUCAGGGUUACACCAACCAGCAAGCAGUGGAAGUGUUACGUCACACAGGACAAACUGUCCAUCUGACGUUAAUAAGGAGAGGUCAAAAACAGGAAGUUAUUCCUCAUUCAACAGAGGAAUCUGCAAAAACAACUGACCUAGCUAGGACUGUGCAAAAUGAAGAAGAUGGUCUUGGUAAACGACAAUAUGAUGCAAAUGAAAGCAUUAUAAAAAUUCAGCCACUGUCAUCACUGAGCAGUAGCGAGGUUGCACAGCCUGCAUCAAAAGGAAAAGACACACAAACAGAAGAAUGUCUACCUGUUGAUGAAAAUGUACUUAAGAAUAAGUGGCAAAGAAUUAUGGGAGAAAAUUAUGAAGUUGUGGUUGCACAGGUUAGCAAGUUUAGUGAAAGCAGUGGAUUGGGGAUAAGUCUGGAAGUUUCUGAAGGCCAUCAUUUCCUGAGAUCUAUAUUACCCGAAGGACCAGUUGGUCGAAGCGGAAAACUUUACAGCGGGGAUGAAUUGCUGGAAGUAAAUGAGGUCUCGCUACUUGGUCAGAGUCAUAAAGAUGUGGUAAAUAUCUUGAAGGAGCUGCCGAUUGAUGUAACUAUGGUGUGCUGUCGGCCAGUCCAGCAGCUUAAUAGCCCCUGUAAUGAUGAUGAACAGUGCAUUUCAGAGAAUGACAUCCAGCUGAUUGAAAAGGAUGACAGUUUCUCCAGUAAUCACUUAUCAGACCUCUGGAAAGUGCAAGAUGAUAUUCCCGAUAUUCCCAGUAAUGGUACAGAAUCUCAGCAUCAUAUUGAUUUUGGCACUAUUGGCUCCUCUGAGACCGAUGACUUGAACAUGGAAGCAGGUGAUGAUAGCCCAAGCAUGGAAGAUACACAAGGAUCACCACUGGCAAUGUGGGAAACUGAUAUCCAAACCAUUGGACUGGAAAAAGGAAUCCUUGGCCUUGGUUUCAGUAUUUUAGAUUAUCAGGAUCCUAUUGAUCCAGCAAGCACAGUCAUAGUAAUUCGCUCCCUGGUCCCUGAAGGGGUUGCAGAACAAGAUGGCCGACUUUUGCCUGGGGAUCGCUUGAUGUUUGUCAACGAGAUCGAUUUGGAGCAUGCCAGUUUAGAAGAAGCUGUUCAGGCACUUAAAGGUGCACCUGCAGGAAACGUUAGCAUCGGAGUUGCAAAACCUUUGCCUCUGUCACCAGAAGAAGGCUAUAUCUCUGCUAAGGACGACUCUCUUUUCUACUCUGCACAUUCAUAUGUCGAGGAAGGGCCCAAUGAUGCACCUCUUUUCCAUGCUGAACUAGCUAUGGUUGAGACCACUGAUGCUGACUUAACAGGAGAAUGCAGUAUGGAAUCCCGCUUUGCUUACAAUAAUGCCAACUUACUCCAGACUUCUUUGAUAGCCUUGCAUGGUAGUCCUUGUAAUGAAGAACUCCUUAGUGGUUUAUCUGAUUGUUCACUGCAGGCUCUGUCUAAAGAAGACUCCUUUCAUCCUUCCUAUGAUGUCUGUAGUGAAAGGUUAUCUUUUAACAAACCAACUCCCCCAAAUGUGCUGUGGGCUACAUCAACGCCAGUUAUAGAUUUUAAGCUGCCUACCAUGGACUUUUACAACCUAAAUCUUGGUCAGCCUGAACAUACUAAGCUAUCAGAUAACACUGAUGUUGUUUCCUCUGACUCCAAGGAUCACUCGGAAUUGGUUGUUUUCAGCAAAAAGAUAGAAAGCACAUCAACUAGUUCGUGGAUGCCUUUACAGACUCAUGGAGCUGAUACCGCUGCUGACAUUCCUCCUUCUAUUUCAAAGGCUGAAGGACAUGUAUCUGGAAAACAGUUUUAUGAAACAAAUGAAGAGUGUGCACCCAGGACUUUACCUAAAAGCACAUUUGAGAAAACGAUUACCAUUCUCAGAGGCAAUUGCAGCUUAGGCAUGACUGUAAGUGCCAAUAAAGAUGGCCUAGGAAUGAUUGUCCGCAGCAUUAUAAAUGGCGGUUCUAUAAGUCGUGAUGGUCGAAUUCAUGUGGGAGACUGUAUUUUGGAUAUCAAUAAUGAGUCCACAGCAAACCUAACCAAUGCCCAGGCGAGGGCCAUGCUGCGCAGACAUUCUUUACUUGGACCAGAUUUAAGAUCUUCUCCCGCACCUGCUGAUGAUCAGGCCCCAUUUUAUGUCAUUACAUAUGUUCCAAGUGAGAGUUUUGAAGAAUAUCGAUCAAGUAUUGGCCAACUUAGUGAAGGAACACUAUCGUUUGAACCUUUGCCUGUACAGAACAAUAGUGAUGCUCCAGAGCUACCUGAGCGUGAGGAAGGGGAAGGGGAAGAAAGUGAACUGGAACAUGCAGCAUUCAGCAACUGGAAUACCCCAAGAAGGGUAGAGCUUUGGAGGGAGCCUGGUAAAUCUCUGGGGAUCAGCAUUGUCGGUGGCAGAGGCAUGGGAAGCCGAUUAAGCAAUGGGGAAGUGAUGAGAGGAAUCUUCAUCAAACACAUUCUAGAGGACAGUCCUGCAGGCAAAAAUGGAACUCUGAAAACUGGAGAUAGGAUUGUAGAGGUUGAUGGCAUUGAUCUAAGAGAUGCAAGCCAUGAGCAGGCAGUUGAAGCCAUAAGAAAAGCAGGCAACCCUGUUGUCUUUCUUGUUCAAAGCAUCAUUACAAGACCUAGGCCUGAGUCUCUGUAUUGCUCUCCAUCUGCCUCUGCUUACAGAGGACAUCCACCUACUAACCCCUUUUCUCAUCACUCAUCCAAGAGUAAAAGCUUGCCUUUACAGAGCACAUUUGGUACUAAACCUCUCCUCAGCUGCACUAACCCAUUUGCUGAUUCCUCCCACUACAACACUAACAAGGGCACAAUGAAUCCGGUUAGAAUUGCCUUCCGUUGUUCCCCAACUAACCCCUUUGCUCCCACGCCAUUUAAGGCUUCCAGUAAUUCAGAUUCUGAGACAGAAAAAACAACUUUUUCAAACUUGGCUCCGGUAUCUUCGACUUUCACCACUGGUGCUGGCAAUGUUCAGAUAACCACCAGUACUUUUUCUAAAGACCCUGAUAAAGAAGACGAGUUUGGCUACAGUUGGAGAAAGAUAUCACAGCGGUAUGGAAACCUGCCAGGAGAAUUGCAUAUGAUAGAAUUGGAAAAAGGGAAGACUGGAUUGGGCCUGAGCCUUGCUGGAAACAAAGACCGAUCACGAAUGAGCGUCUUCAUCGUGGGGAUAGAUCCAAAUGGAGCAGCUGGCAAAGAUGGCCGGUUGCAGAUUGCCGAUGAGUUAUUAGAGAUUAAUGGACAAAUAUUAUAUGGGAGAAGUCAUCAGAAUGCUUCAUCCAUUAUCAAGUGUGCACCAUCUAAAGUCAAAGUCAUUUUUAUCAGGAAUAAAGAUGCUGUAAGCCAAAUGGCAGUGUGCCCCGUGAAAACGACAGAUCUGUGCCCUUCCAACUCUUCUGCCUUUCCAAGUCAAGAGAAUGAAGAAAAUAUUCCAGCAUUUGCUCCUCCAACUAGUUUUGGCUCCUUCAAAAAUGUUUUCCAUGUGGAUUUACCAAAGGAUCAGGGAGGCCUAGGUAUUGCUAUCAGUGAAGAAGAUACUCUUAAUGGAGUAGUCAUUAAAAGCCUAACUGAUUAUGGCGCAGCGGCAAAGGAUGGACGUAUCAAGGUGGGGGAUCGUAUCUUGGCAGUUGAUGAUGAACCAGUGGUGGGUGCUGCAAUUGACAAGGUUGUUGGUCUUUUGAAGAAAGCCAAAUCAACUGUGACAAUGACAAUAAGUUCUGAUGAUCAAGAAGGCCAGCAAAAUUACCCUUUGCCCCUCAGUACAUUUACAUCCAGCGCUGUGGAGAAAAAGAAUAGCCAGCAAUGUCUUCCACAUAUCAGCUUGACGGAACCAGAAGCUGUUUGCAGUGCCAGUCGAUCAUCAACUCCUGCGACAUUUCCUUCAGACCCAGCCACUUGUCCAAUUAUACCUGGAUGUGAAACCACAAUUGAUAUAUCUAAAGGGAGAACAGGUCUGGGACUCAGCAUCGUAGGAGGUGCAGACACUCUACUGGGUGCAAUCAUUAUUCACGAAGUAUAUGAAGAAGGUGCUGCUUCCAAGGAUGGCAGACUAUGGGCUGGGGACCAGAUUUUAGAUGUCAAUGGUAUUGAUCUAAGAAAUGCCACACACGAUGAAGCCAUUAAUGUAUUGCGACAGACACCACAAAAAGUGCGUCUUUCAGUAUACAGAGAUGAGGCGCAGUACAAAGAAGAGGAUAUGUAUGAUAUACUGAAUGUGGAGCUGCAGAAGAGACCAGGAAAGGGGCUUGGAUUAAGCAUUGUAGGGAAAAGGAAUGAUACUGGAGUGUUUGUGUCAGAUAUUGUAAAAGGUGGCAUAACCGAGUCAGAUGGAAGGCUCAUGCAAGGUGAUCAGCUACUAACAGUAAAUGGAGAGGAUGUUAGAAAUGCCACCCAAGAAGCUGUUGCAGCUCUAUUAAAGUGUUCUUUAGGUACAGUAAAGCUUGAAGUUGGAAGAAUAAAAGCGGGACCUUUCCACUCAGAACGAAGGACAUCACAAGGCAGCCAUAUAAGUGAGGGAAGCAGCAGCUUGACAUCGUUCACUUUUCCAGGAGCCGGAUCUGCAACAGCUGAACAGCAUGACGGCACUUCUAAAAAGACUGACUCUUCAGAAAUUCAAGGUUUAAGGACAGUGGAAAUCAAGAAGGGCCCCUCAGAUUCCUUGGGAGUCAGCAUUGCAGGAGGAGUUGGAAGUCCUCUCGGAGAUGUGCCCAUUUUUAUUGCCAUGAUGCAUGCAAAUGGACUUGUGGCACAGACAGGGAAGCUCAGAGUUGGUGACAGAAUUGUCAGUAUAUGUGGGACCUCAACUGAAGGAAUGACUCAUUCACAAGCUGUCAGCCUCCUAAAAAAUGCUUCAGGCACAAUCGAGCUACAGGUAGUAGCUGGUGGUGAUGUAAGCGUAGUUACUGGUCAACAGCAAGAACACACAGGAUCUGCUGUCAACUAUUCAGGGCUUACUUCAAGCAGCAUAUUGCAAGAUGAUUUGGGACCACCACAAUACAAGACCAUUGUUCUUGAGCGUGGACCUGAUGGACUGGGCUUCAGUAUUGUUGGAGGCUAUGGCAGUCCACAUGGAGACCUUCCCAUCUAUGUGAAAACUGUAUUUUCUAAGGGAGCAGCAGCAGAAGAUGGUCGCUUGAAUAGAGGAGAUCAGAUCAUUGCAGUGAAUGGGCAGAGUCUGGAAGGUGUUACUCAUGAAGAAGCUGUUGCUAUUCUAAAGAGAACAAAAGGAACGGUUACUCUUACAGUGCUUUCUUGACAUUUUGACUUCUAAAUAGCACCUUUUUUUAAGGUCCCAUCCUAAUGAGAGUCAAUGAGACCAGCUGUUUCCCCUGUGAAAGUACAUAAACCAGUAGUAUAGGUCAGCUGUGUGUCAGGUAGGAUCUUCUCAUGUCUGGAGGAAUAUUUACUGAGCUGCUGUCAUUUAUUCACACUACUUUAUAUUGAAGAGGCAAAGAAAAGCAUGUUUAUCUACAUCAGGAGUGCAUUCUUCCUGGUGAUUAUUUUAGUCAGUAUUUACAAGGUAUAUUAACUCAGUGUUAUAGAUAUACUAUAGCUUGUACAAAUCAGUAAAAAACACAGAAUGUUGCUACUGAAGCGAUCAAAGACUAUCAACAUUUUCACCAUAGAAAAUACAUUUAGGUCAUUUUUAAUGUUCUUGUUUUUCUUUAUGUGUAAUUAUGUCUUUGUAUGACUGCUUUGCUGCUACAUAGAUCAAGAACUGAUGAAUGUUUUACAUUAUUUUUGUUUUUCCUAUUGUUGACAAGUUCUACACUGGAUAUGUAUUUAAGCCGACAUGUUGAUUCUUACCUGAUCUUAA